AUGGAGGAGUUUAAGGCCAAGGGUAUGGGAAUGGCGAAAAACGCAAUCUUUGCGGGGAACUCGGCUGGAGGAGUGGCCGUGAUGUUACAUUAUGAUCGCUUUGGAGCUUUAUUCCCAAAUACAACUCGGGUAAAAUGCCUUGCAAAUUCGUCUUAUUUUAUCGAUGUCCAAAAAUUAGAUGGUGAUAAACUGUUCCAAUUCUAUGAGUUUUUGGUCGGUUCAGUGGGAUCAGCUAAAUGGAUACCUCAACAAUGCACUUCAAGAAUGAAACCUUCACUUUGUUUCUUCCCUCAGAACUCACUACAAUAUGUCAAUACUCCGAUUUUUCUGACCAUGUCCUCAUUUGAUCAAACCCAGCUUAAGUAUGGCUUGUCCAUGUCACAUGAAGUUUGCGUGAUCAAUAACAAUUGCACCCUCAAUGAGAUUAGAAGAGUGAAAGAGCUAAGAUUGGACUUUUUAAGUUUAUUGCCAAAAACCAAAUCACACUCAUCAAUAGCAAUUUGGGUCAACAACUGCACCAGCCAUGAAUUCACAUAUUUCUCAUGGUAUGGAUCACAAAAACUCAAAGUCAUUGGCAACAAGACUUAUGGAGAGGUAUUUGUUGAUUGGUAUUUCGAUCAAAAUGCAAUUAGUCCAAUUCAGAUAAUAGACAAGUCUGACAAGCCUGUUGAUUGUUCUGCAUUUGGGCAACGCCCAUGA